AUGGCUCUCAUUCCUUCCCAGAUCCUCAGAGUAGCUAUCCUCCUGUCGUAUUUCUCCAUCAUCUGCAAUUACAAAGCCAUAGACAUGCCCGCGCAUCAGACAUACGGAGGUAGCUGGAAGUUUCUGACGUUCAUAGAUUUGGUCAUCCAGGCUGUGUUUUUCGGAGUGUGUGUCCUGACAGACCUUUCUAGCCUCUUGAUGAAGGGCACAGCCAGUGUUGAACAAGAGAGGCAACUCCGGAAGCUAAUUGGUCUACGGGACUGGAUGAUGGCUGUGCUAGCCUUCCCUGUAGGAGUAUUUGUGGUGACCAUGUUCUGGAGCCUGUACCUCUAUGACAGAGAUUUGGUAUACCCAAGACUCCUAGAUAACUUCAUACCUCAGUGGCUAAACCAUGGAAUGCAUACAACGGUGCUUCCUUUCAUCAUCAUUGAGAUGAGAACCACACAUCAUCUCUAUCCCAGCAGGGUGUGUGGACUCUUGGCUGUGUGCAGCUUCUGUGUGGGAUAUGUUCUUUGGAUGUGUUGGGUGUAUAAUGUGACGGGAGUUUGGGUGUACCCACUGUUAGAGCACAUUGACACAGUGGCCAGAGCUGCCUUCUUCAUCUGCCUCACAGCACUCACCAGCCUGUACUACAUCAUGGGGGAGAUUCUUAACAGUUAUAUCUGGGAUUCCUCAAGGAGUGCUUCAGAGUCAAAUAAGGAUAAAAGUGACUGAAUCCAGCA